GGAGGGGACAGGAACGGGAGCGGGGACAGGAACGGGAGCGGUACCGGGGCUGAGCGGCGGCUCCUGCAGGACGGGCCAUGGCGGUCGAGGGCGGGAUGAAAUGCGUGAAGUUCCUGGUUUUCGUGUUCAACUUCGUCUUCUGGGUGUGCGGCGUCGCCCUUGUGGCCAUCGGGAUCUACGCACAGGUGGCGCUGGAUAAGGCGCUGGUGGUGAGCACGGCCUCAGCCGCUGGCACCCCUGUGGCCAUCCUGGUCCUCGGCAUCAUCAUCUUCUUCAUCUCCUUCUUUGGCUGCUGCGGAGCCUGGAAGGAGAGUUACUGCAUGGUCACCACGUUCGCCGUCCUCCUCAGCAUCAUCUUCCUGGUGGAGGUCGCCGCUGCCAUCGCCGGAUACGUCUUCAAGGACAAGGUGCGCUCAGUGCUCGAGGAUGGGCUCUGGGAUGCCAUGAACAAGUAUGGGGAGGACAAAGCCCUGACGGAGGCAUUGGAUGAGCUCCAGAGGAAUUUCUCUUGCUGUGGAGCCAACAACUACACAGACUGGAGCAGCAUCGAACGGUUCCGGGUGAACAACACAGUGCCUCAGUCCUGCUGCCGUGUCAACAGCACAUCCUGCAACAUGCACCCCAGCCCUGCCACCGUCUAUGAGAACGGCUGCCUCCAGAGCAUCGAAGCCUGGAUGAAGAAGAACAUCCUCAUAGUGGCUCCUGUGGCUUUGGGAAUCGCCUUCUUUGAAAUCCUGGGCAUCAUCUUUGCCUGCUGUCUCAUGAAGGGCAUCCGCAGCGGCUAUGAGGUCAUGUAGCCCCCCCCCCCAGCUCCCACUGCUGCACACCAGGAGAGCUGUGGGGGGCUCUGCAGGACCCAACGUGCCAAAACCCUACCAUAGCCUGGGGUUGGGAAUAAAAGCUUCCAUAGA